AUGGCCGGGCGGAUAGAAAACCCUAGACGACGAGGGGAGGAGAGGGGAGACGAGGCGAGGACUUACGCAGGGGAGAAGUCCAGUGUGCCGGACAAGAUCGCCGACGUUGAGGCGUCGGGCAGCGGCGGCGUCUUGGGGAGGAGUGUUGAUUGGUACCGGUGCUUCGGAGCCUUAGAGCUUGGUGGGAGAUCUUCGGCACUCCAACUCUUCCGUCCAGUAGCGGCGCUGGCCGGCGAGCCCGUGAUCGCUACCAGGCGCAGGCGCCGUGAUGGGCUCGCUGCUCCUGCUCUCCUUGCUGGUGGCGGCGCUUGCGGGUACGGGGACCUGGACAUAUUCAGGUACGGGAGGUACACGGCCGGGCUGAGCGGCGCGCUGUUCGGGCGGGGCAGCGCCUGCGGCGGCUGCUACGAGCUCCGGUGCGUCAACAACAUCCUCUAUUGCCUGCGGGGCAGCCCCACCGUCGUCGUGACGGCGACCGACUUCUGCGCCCCCAACUUCGGCCUCGCAGACGACUACGGCGGCUGGUGCAACUUCCCCAAGGAGCACCUGGAGAUGACCGAGGCCGCCUUCCUCCGGGUCGCCAAGGCCAAGGCUGACAUUGUCCAGGUGCAGUUCCGAAGGGUGAGCUGUGACAGGGCCGGCGGAAUUCGGUUCACGAUCACCGGCGGCCCCAACUUCCUCCAGGUGCUGAUCACCAACGUGGCAGCCGACGGCGAGGUCGACGCUGUGAAGGUGAAGGGGUCGAAGACCGGGUGGAUACCGAUGGGGAGGAACUGGGGGCAGAACUGGCAGUGCGACGCGGACCUCCGAGGCCAGCCGCUCUCGUUCGAGGUCACCGGAGGAAAGGGGAGGACGAUCACCAUCCGUUGGAUUGAAAUCCAAAGGCUGGUGUGCAUCCUCAUUCUCCUGCCCCAGCCGGCCUGCCUCUGCCCCGAAGCAUCCUUCUAA